GGAUUUGCAAUUGCGCGCGCUCGAUGACGAUGAGCGUCCACAGCGAGCUUGCCUCUGUCUUAAACAAACUAGAGUUCUACCCGAAGUCCGUUGCUGAACUAUAUAAAGAAGCUUCUCAAAUGCUCUCUUCUGGAAAAUUCUCGGAGGCAGCUGAUAAAGUUGAAGCAGCUCUGAAAGAGCUUGAAGAUUAUCAAGAAGAAGAUAAGCAAACUUGGGGGUUCGCUGAGUUACAACUUCUUUAUGGGAAGUCUCUCUUGGAAAUAAUAAAGUGCUCGUCAAAUAAUGAGGAGAUAUUUGGUCCUAAGGUUCCAAAAGUGGUGGGACUGUGUACUAACUCCGACGAAGUAGAAGAAGAAGAGGAGUCUGCCGAAACAGACGACAGCACCUCAAAACAAUUGAAGGGUGAGACUUCCGGUGAGGAUACCGAAGAGUCUAAAAAUGAAGAAGAUUCUUUAAAUAUUGAAGACAAAGAACAAAUUCAGACUGAGGUGGAAGCUUCUUCGGAAGCUGCUUUACCUGAACAACAACUGAUAGAUGAAGCAAAUUCGGAAGGGGGGAAACAAAGCGAAGAAGAAGAGCAGGAUAUUCGUGAACUAGCUUGGGAACAGUUGGAGUGCGCAAGAGUUAUUCUCACUUCAAAAUUACCAGAGUCAAGGUUGCGUCUUGCUGUCGUCUACGAAACUUUAGGUGAUUUUGGAAUGGAAAACGAUAAUAAUGAACAAGCAGCUGACGACUUUAAAUCAGCUGUCAAGUACUAUGAAGAAGAAGGGUACCAUUCUUCAAGAAUGGUUGGGGGGUUGUAUCAUAGCAUUUACCUAGCACUUCGUUCGGUCGACCCAAACAAUGCAAGGAAAUAUCUAAAGCUUGCUGCGGAUGUUUUCAAAAGACGUAUUGCUGAGAGCAAGGAAAAACUUGGCGACCAGGCAAGAAGAGAUUCUAAAGGAGAUAGAACUAGAAAUAGCUGACUUUGAUUCCAUAAUAUCCAAUCAAGAGAAAGAGAAUAGCACUUUCCAAAAUGACACAGUGACACAGGUAACCAGGGUAGAGCCUCGAAAACGAGCUGAAACCAACAAAGAUUUCAACGUUGAACAAGCUGCUUUAUGUGAAACAUCUGAGGGAGGAAGCCAUGAGUUGGUCCCUAACAAACGAAGCAAGACUUGUGCA